CGCUUGACAGGUCUCCCCCCACACUGUUUUGUGAAUCCUCUUAUAAAAUAAAAAUAAUCGAGAAAUGUCUUCCAAGCCCCUGUCCAAGUGGGACUCCAGAAACGUGGGCUUCGGCUGCAGCCACGCAACGCAGGGCUACGGACUGGGCCUGGCCAUUGCCUGCGGUGAUGCCUCAGAGGUCGGAGCCAUGGCCCGCCUCAGCAUGGAGCCACGUCCGCCCAGCCGAGUGGGAAAGCAUCUCAAGCAGGUCACCUACUACGCGAUCGUGGUGGGCAUUUUUCUGUUCUUCGUGCUGCUGUGCACCCUAGUGGUGGACAAGCAGUCCAUGAUUACCACUUCCCAAGUGAACACGUGCCUGGCGAUUGCCCUGAUCCCGCUCUUCGUGCCCAGCCUCCUGUACCUGGGCCUGCUGCAGACGAAGAGGAUUCUGCAGCAGAAGCAGUGCCACGUACGGAACCUGGAGGCCGGCAGCACUCUGGGGCUGUCCACAGUGAUCUGCACGGACAUGAGCGGCACAAUGACCAUGCAGCAGAUACGGGUGUCGGAGAUAUUCGUGGAUGCGGACCUGCUGCGGGUGGAGAAUCUGAAAGAAGAGGAGAUGGGGCCGCGUUUCAUUGAGCUUAUACGAUCCUCGCUGCUGUGCAACGAUGCAGUCUUCUGUCCGGGCUCGGUCCGAGUGCCCUUGGCUAAGAAGACCAUCUACGGGAGCAACUAUGACAGUGCUCUGCUCAAGUUCGGGCUCAGCUUCAUACCCAACAUUGAGCAGCUGCGGAGCGACCACGAGAAGGUGGCCAACAUGAGCUACAACAGCAUCGAUCGCCUCCACGUGACGGUGCACAAGAUUCGGAACGAGGGCAACCACCCGCGGCACAUACUCCUGAUGAAGGGCUACGCUGACGUGGUACUCAGCCACUGCUCCACCUAUUCGGUGAGGGAUGAGGAGCUAUUGCUGGACGAGCCGCUCAGGCAAACCAUUGCGGAUCUGGCCACCCGACUGAUGGAGGCGGGACGGCAUGUUCGCGCCUUCGCCUACAAGGAGAUCCUCUCUGACGUGGAGCGUCGCCGCUUUUCCCAGGUGAACGUGGACCGCGAUAGCACUCAAGGCAGGUACAUGGACUUCCUGGCCGUCAACACCUUUGCGCUGAGAUUCCUUGGCCUGAUCGCCACCCACGAUCCGCCGCGCGCCAACAUCGCCUAUGCCGUGUCCAAGUGCCGCUCCGCUGGCGUCAAGCUGGUGCUUAUUACCCGCGCCAAGGCCAUCUGCGCCCGUGCCCUGGCCAUGAGCGUGGGCAUCAUUCCACCGCCCAGUGAGAGCGUCCACCCUCCUGAUUCGUCGACAAAACGCAACCAGGUCAGUGCUGCUGUCAUCAGCAUGGAUGCGUACGUGGAGCAGAAGAUGCACCACCAGCGGUGGAAGGUGGAGCAGCUGCUUCUAGCCCAUCCCGAAUUGGUGUUCGCGAAGGUGAGCGCGGAGCAACACCACAUGAUAGUUGAGGCCUGCCAGCGGCUGGGUGCCGUCGUCACUGUCAUGGGAUUCUCCGUGUACGACACGCCCGCCCUGCGUCGCGCCCAUGUGGCUGUGGCCAAGGAUGGGUGUGCGCCGGCGAGCGAGUCCAGCGCCGACAUUGUCCUGCUGGAGAGCCCCUUCGCCAAGCUGGUGGCUGCCAUCGAGGUGAGCCGCCUGAUGUUCGAGAACACGAAGAAGGCGCUGGCCUACUGCCUGGCCACCAAUACGACUCUGAUCCUGGUGCACUUGGCGUUUUUUCUGGUCAAGAUCCCCAUCCGCAUAUUCGUCAUGCAAGUGUUUAUUAUCGCUAUCUUCGUGAACUUGCUUCCCGGACUGAGCCUGCUCUGCGAGAGCGCCGAGGAGAAGCUGAUGAAGCAGAAGCCUAAGGUCUUCGACGACUUCCUGCUGAAUCGUCGCAUGCUCUUUGUGUCCUGUAUCCUGGUUGGUGUCAUCGAGGCAGCGGCCGUCUUCAUCAUGUACUUCCUGUUCAUGGCCCGCAACGGCUUCCUGCCCAGAACUUUGGUGGGCCUCAACUUCAAGUGGCAUGACGCAACGGUCACAGACAUAACCGAUUCGUACGGCCAGGAAUGGAGUCCAGAGUCCCGCCAGCGCUUGGACUGUCAAGUGUCCGCCAUUUGCCUGAUGACCCUCGCCGCGAUGCAGUGCACCAAUUUAAUGUUGACCAGGACCGGACGUGCCAAUCUGCUAAGCCACGGAUUUUCCAACGUUUGCGUUAAUCUGGCCCUCGUUUAUUUGAUUUGCCUUUGCGUGCUGCUGCCCUACGUGGAUUCGCCCCACUGCCUGCGUCUGGUUGGGGGUGAAGAAUUGGCGUUCUUUUGGUGGUACAUCUGGCCUUUGGUUACAUUGCUGGCGUUCCUCGAAACUGCUCGGAGGUACCUGCUCAGACGAUUCCCUGGCAGCUGGCUGGAACUCGAGACUUUUUACUAAAAGCAGCACCUUUUUCUUUUUCUUUUUCACUUCUUGUGUGAAAAUGCGUCAAUGCUGCUUACGCAAGUACUCGUAUGUAUUUAUAUCUCAUUUACUCUGUCAUUUCAUUUCUGUCUCGUCUUCCCCCUACCUGAGCUGAGCUCUUGUCUAACCCAGACAGAAAAGAAAACAGCCAACUAGAAGUGUUUCGUUUCAUUGUCGUUAAAUAUUCUUCAACAGAAUUAACUUACCCAUAUUAGUGCAGUUCGUGAAU